ACAAAUAAAUAAAGUUAAUAACAGCCAAGAGACCAACAAAUCAUACAAGUAAAAUUGUUACCUUGAAAUUUCUUAGUAAUUAUCACAACGGGGGCCGAACAAUCAGCCAUGUCUGUCUCUCAGAUGGAGAAAAAUCUUUUUAAUUUGAAAUUUGCCGUUAAGGAAUUAGAACGAAAUUCAAAAAAAUGUGAAAAAGAGGAGAAAGUUGAAAAGGCAAAAGUGAAAAAAGCAAUUCAGAAAGGUAACAUGGAGGGUGCAAAAAUUCACGCGGAAAACGCAAUUAGACAGAAAAAUCAAGCUCUCAAUUAUUUAAGAAUGAGUGCAAGAGUAGAUGCAGUAGCGAGUAGAGUGCAAACCGCAUUAACAACUCGAAAAGUUACACAAUCCAUGGCUGGUGUCGUGAAAGCUAUGGAUGCAGCUAUGAAGUCUAUGAACCUUGAAAAAAUUUCCAGUUUAAUGGAUAAAUUUGAAAGUCAAUUUGAAGAUUUAGAUGUACAGAGCUCGUAUAUGGAAAAUGCAAUGUCGCAAACUACAACCACGUAUGUUCCGCAAAAUGAAGUUGAUAAUCUAAUGCAACAAGUGGCAGACGAAGCUGGUUUGGAGUUGAAUAUGGAACUUCCAUCGGGACAAUUAGGAAGUAUAGGUGCCUCGACAGCUGCGAGUCAAGAACAAGAUGAAUUAACGCAACGAUUGGCUAGACUCAGAGAAUAAAUACAAAGAUUAAGAAUUUAUUGAUGCUAUACGUAUUAUAAUUUAUGUAUAUUUUAAA